AGAGGCGGUGCGGCACAGAGGAGCGCUCACAUCACAAGGUGACCCUAGCUCCCCAACGCCACCGCCGCCGCCACCGUCGACAACGCACUCUGGCCACUCAGCACCCGCCCAGUCGCAGGGCCUCUUUUUUCCCCUCUCUCAGCCAAGAUCUAUCCGGCCGCUGGGGACUCGGGGAUCAGGGGGUUAGGAGCUCAUUUGGGGCUUUUCCCCGCCCCCACCGGAGAGCCCUGAGAUGGAGAGCCGAAAGGACAUGGUCAUGUUUCUGGAUGGGGGUCAGCUUAGCACUCUGAUUGGCAAGAGGGUCUCCAAUUUGUCCGAAGCCAUCGGUAGCCCGUUGUCCGAACAGCCAGAGAAGAUGGUACCCCGUGGUUGCCUGAGCCCGCGGGCCGGUCCUCCGGCCUCCCGGGAGCGCGGCGGGGGAGGCCCGGAGGAGGAGCCGGUCGAUGGACUAGCGGGCAGCGCGGCAGGGCCGGGCACAGAGCCACGGGUAGCCGGAGCAGCCAUGCUCUGCCCGGGACCCCCAGCCCCCUCCGCCGACAGCCUCUCUGGCCAGGGGCAACCCAGUAGCUCGGACACCGAGUCGGAUUUCUAUGAAGAAAUCGAGGUGAGCUGCACCCCGGACUGCGCCACUGCGAACGCCGAGUACCAGCACAGCAAAGGGCUCGGCUCUGAGGCACUGGUCAGCAGCCCGAACGGCAGCAGCGAGGCCCCGAAGAGCAACGGUGGCGGCGGCGGCUCCCAAGGCACCCUGGCCUGUAGCGCCAGUGACCAGAUGCGCCGUUACCGAACCGCCUUCACCCGGGAGCAGAUUGCGCGGCUGGAGAAAGAAUUCUACCGAGAGAACUACGUAUCCAGGCCGCGGAGAUGCGAGCUGGCGGCCGCUCUAAACCUCCCGGAAACUACCAUCAAGGUGUGGUUCCAGAACCGGCGCAUGAAGGACAAGCGGCAGCGGCUGGCCAUGACGUGGCCUCACCCGGCGGACCCCGCCUUCUACACCUACAUGCUGAGCCACGCGGCGGCCGCCGGCGGCCUGCCCUAUCCCUUCCCAUCGCAUCUGCCCCUACCCUACUACUCGCCUGUGGGCCUGGGCGCCGCGUCCGCCGCAUCCGCCACCGCCUCGCCCUUCAGCGGCUCCCUGCGCCCUCUCGACACAUUCCGGGUGCUCUCGCAGCCCUACCCGCGCCCCGAACUGCUGUGCGCCUUCCGCCAUCCGCCGCUGUACCCCGGCCCGGCGCACGGACUGGGCGCCUCAGCCGGCGGCCCCUGCUCCUGCCUCGCCUGCCACAGCGGCCCGGCCAACGGGCUGGCGCCCCGCGCCGCCGCCACCUCGGACUUCACCUGUGCCUCCACCUCCCGCUCGGACUCCUUCCUCACCUUCGCACCCUCUGUGCUUAGCAAGGCCUCCUCCGUCUCGCUGGACCAGAGGGAGGAGGUGCCCCUCACCAGAUAAGUGGCUGCACGCGGGCUGUCGGCUCCAGGACGCCCGUGGUUCCCCCCAAGACUCAGCCAGAGCUCCUACUCAACCCCCAGGACACUGAGGAGAAAGGGGAGGGCCGAAUAGGACCAG